AUGGCGUCCGGACAUAACUCAGGGUUCUCGGCGACGUCGGUCCAGCACCGUCCUGGUGCUGAUGGCCGGUCCUUUUCCAGCCAGGAUGAUGGCUCCGGGGAUGGCAGCUGGCCGGGGGUGCCUCCCAGGUCCGUGAGGAACGCUCGCUCGGAGUCUGGAGGCAGUGGGACGAUCGGUCCUCGGGGAGGCUCGUUGGCCCCUUCUUUUGGAUCUGGAGGACCGGGCAGCUUCAGUUCUGAACUCAAAAGCAUGAAGACCUCCCGCAGCACGACCCCGCGACCAGAUGACACCUUCAGGCGAAGAGGGAGCAGCAACGUUGAUUACAACGAUCUGUCCAGCACGGAGGAGCGCCAGGCUGUCAUCCGGAACAAGAUCGCGAAGGAAAUGAAGAUCAAAACUGGAACCGAAAACAUGCUGGAGGCUUUGCUGGCGAAGAAUCCGAAGCACACGAAAGACCAGCGAUUAAAAGUGGAAUCGGAGUUGAGCACGUCAAAUCGCAAACUUGCGGAGCUACACCAUGAACUUGAAGAGGAGAUUAUACGUGCGCAGGAGCCCUCCACCCCUCCUCGGAGCCGUCUUUCCAGCCUGUUCCAAGGCAGCUCGAUACGGUCGCCCACUCGCACCAAUCUGGACGUGGACGAUGAGCAGAUAGAAUACGGAGAGGCGGAAAUGGAAUCCCCGACAUACGUUCUGGCGGAAACAUUACAGGCGUUGGAGAUUGAGGGCAUGUCGCCCGACUACUACGUCGAACGGGCCAAUAGUCUUGUGGAGCUGUUCAAACGGCAUCCCACUUUGAAAUACGACCUGGCAUGGCCGGACUUCGGAUUGCGUGUCCAGAUCAUGCUGCUAAGUGACAACAAAGAGGUAGUGGCGGCAGGAUACCGGCUCACGCGCUAUGCGAUAGCAGAUCGAAAAUCCCUCCAGAUAAUUCGCUCUCUACAUACCGACGAGCUUGUCAUACUAUCUCUGGUCAAGGAAAGUAAAGCCAGCAUCGAGCGGGAGCAGGCUCUUAAAUUCGUUCGGGGCUUUUUGGAUGUCAAGGACGGCGUGCACGAGAUCUCGCGUGCCGUGGUGCGGACAAUUGUCGCUGUUGCCGAGCACCACGAGGAUCGAUUGCGGAAUAUUUCAAUCAUGACCCUCGCCGAGAUUUUAGUGAAAGAACCAGCGUUGGUCUCCCAUGCGGGUGGCUUUGCGAUCUUGCAUGAUGCCCUAGCAGAAGGGACAUUCGGUGCAUCGGAGAGUCUGAUAGGCAGCUUCUUACACGUGCUUGACACCCCAAGCAGCAGGAAACACCUGCAAGGAGGGUGUGAGCUUGAGGCCGUUCUUGCACCGUUUACCGAUUCUUUAUCCGACACUGUCCGCAACGGGCGCUUAAAGUCUUCUGCGAAAGCCAUUUCAGCCAUGCUCAAAACUUGGCCCGGUUUGGUGGUUCUCGCAAGGAAUGGUGCUAAACCUCUCCAGUCACUUUUGAAUUCACUGCAUUACCCCGACGCCCAAGCAAGGGAUUUGAUCAUGGAGCUUUUGUUCGAUGCCCUACGGAUAAAGCCACCGUCAUGGUCGUCAUCGUUCCUCGCCGGUCGAAGGCUGACAACUUAUGGGAGAGUUGCAAACUUGAGGUCCGAUUCUGACGCGAAAUUGACCCGGGGGUACUAUGAUGACCGCGAUAACCAAUUCGAUCUAACCGCCCAUUUUUCGACCCUGAUCCUUGCGACCCUGGUGGAUGCUGGGCUAUCACAGGCACUCUCCGAUCUAAUUGAGGAUGAAGAAGACCUUUCCCUUAGGCGCAAAGCCACACUACUUUUGACUGAAGUCUUGAAGCUGGCGCACCACUCGUUGCCUCAUAACAUUAGUGCGAAACUCCAGGUUCUUCCGCACUUAUUGCCCGCUGCCAUCAAAUUCGACGUUGAGAAUCACGACGUUUCUACUUCCACUAUCUAUCAGAUCGAGAGCAUCAACAGGACGCUGGCACGCUCCAUAGGAAACGUCCCGAACGGAGCGGGCCGAUACAACGUGGAAGUAGACAUAUCUGCCUCUCUCCUAACGGGAGAUCAGGGCAAGGACAAACUGAGCCCUGCGAUGGAUGAGACGCAAUUUCGCAAUGCGAUUCUCGAAACACACGUAUUGAACACGGUGAACUAUAUCAAGUGGAAAUGGGAUUUGAUUCACCGCAUCGUCGAAGGCCCGUUGACGAACCCCAAGAGGCUGGAUGAGGCCAUCAAGGGAUCAAAAUUCAUCAAGCGACUGGUGGGUUUCUAUCGGCCUUUCAAGUACAGGUUCUCUAUGCUCCCGAACACCAAACCGAACCAGCGCUAUGUUCGGACAGGAUGUGCAUUAAUGCGUACCCUAGUCCAAGUGCCAGAGGGCAUAAAAUACUUGGCUGAAAAUAAAUUUUUGAGACAAGUGGCCGAGUGUCUUGCCCAGGUGGACCGCAUGAGCGGGCUUACUUCAGCGUCGCCUCUCUUUUCCCGAGAGCAGAUGAGCAGUACACUCAGCGGCGGCUACUUUGCCCUGCUGGGGACACUGAGUGGUGAUGCGAACGGUCUCAUUAUGAUGGAGCGGUGGCACAUGCUCAACAUGUUUUACCAUAUUAUCGAGCUCCGAGAUCGGGAUGACCUGAUACAAACGCUUCUGGGGAACAUGGACUACACCAAAGACAGCCAUCUCCGAGUCAUUCUAUCCAAGGCUCUCACUACCGGAUCUAAGGAGAUUCGAAUAUUUUCCACUAAACUCCUUCGCAAGUAUGCCGUUGGGAACAUCUCUCUUGCUCCACAGACGGCUAUUGGCAACGCAGACUGGGUGGUUAAGCUUCUCGUGACUCAGCUCUACGAUCCCGAUGUUUCCGUAUGCCAGAUGGCUGUGAAGAUUCUGGAAGAGGCAUGCAAUCACCGCGAUUAUCUUGAAUAUGUCGUGAAGUGUCGACCGUCUCUUGACCACCUGGGAGAGAUCGGCGCCCCUCUUCUGCUGCGGUUCUUAUCCACAUCGGUCGGCUACCACUAUCUGGAUGGCUUAGACUACAUCACGCAGGAGAUGGACGACUGGUUCCUGGGCCGUAACGACACAUAUGUUGGGUUUGUCGAAGCUGCUCUCACCAGAGCGUACGUUGAUCAACCACGUAGGGGUAGUCUUGUUCCCGACGAUCUUGUGGAUAUGCAGGAUAUCGGGCUGGUGCCGCCUCAUUUCUACAGAGAACUGGCCCGAACCGCCGAGGGUUGUAAACUUCUUGAGCAGUCAGGUCAUUUCAACGAGUUUGCUUGGACCAUCCGUGAUUUUCAACUGCAUGAGGAAGACACCGAGGUCCUCCUCAAAGUUAAAGGGUGUUUGUGGGCCGUCGGCAACGUUGGGUCCAUGGAGCUGGGCGCGCCAUUUCUCGAGCCAGAUAUUGUCGAAAAAAUCGUGAGAAUGGCUGAAAGUGCAGAGGUUUUGACCAUGAGGGGCACAGCUUUCUUUGUCCUGGGGUUGAUUUCACGUAGUCGGCAUGGCCUCAGGGCACUCUGGGAUUUGGGCUGGGACUCUGCUGUUGACCAGAAAGGAAAUUCUCUGGGAUUGAGUCUUCCAACUGAUUUCAACAAGCUCUUCCUGGUGGAUUUCCCCUCUCAUUCUCGGCAUCCCGGGUCGAAACGCGCGUCUCAAGAGAAAUUCAAGGAGGCUACUCUCGAUUCCGAUCCGGUCAACCAGAAGAUUCUCAAGCUCAUUGUUGACAUGGGAAACACCGUCCUUUCAAAGCGAGCGGCGGCGGAUCUUCACAGUAUCAAGUCGAAGCAACCCGAACGAUUCCACCAACCACACCUUUUCCGCAAAACUCUUAGCAUUCUAGAAAGCCAUCACUACCGACUCCCCGCCCGUCGCUUUGCCCUUGAUCUGUUUGACAAGAGUGUCAUGCGACGGAUUGUAUUAGAGGAUGAGUCUGACUCCGAGUCCGAGGCCACUUCAUCUCAAGAAUCGAGCUGA